CGCUUCGAAAGGCGGGAGGCGGUUGGCGCGGCGCGUUGUGAGGUUGGUGCUGUGGUGGCCGCCUGAGGUGUGGGGGUGUCCUCGCUAUGGAUGAAGUCAUUAUCGAAUAUAUCCGAAGAACUGUGCUCAAAAUCCCCCGUGAUGAAAUCAUGGCGGUGCUGCAGAAGUGGGGCUUUCUCUCAGAGGCGCAGCUACAAACUAUCAACUUCCGUCAGACCAAAGAGAGCAUCUCUUACAGCGUGGCUCAGCUCUGCGAGGAAAGUUCUGCAGACAUAAAGCAAGCAGCCCUCCUAGACAUCAUCUACAACCACAUCUAUGCAAACAAAAGAGCAUGGACUGUCUACUAUAUGAACAAAACAGGGGAAGAAACAGACUUCUUUGACCUCAGAGAGUUCAAAAAAAAAUUCAGAAGGCGAAUUCAAUCAGCUUUGAUAAAUGUCACCAUCAAUUUUAAGGAAUAUGAAGAUAAUGCAAUCUGGAUUAGAAUUGCCUGGGGAACGCCAUAUACAAAACCAAACCAGUACAAGACCAGUUACGUUGUGUACCACUCACAGACUCCUUAUGUCUUCAUCUCUGCCUCUGUCCUUAGGAGCAACUUACCUCUGCUGUGUCAGGCAAUGGUUGUUGCUUCCAAUUACCACGACAUCUCUGAAAUGGAGCUUCGAGGUCAUUGUUUAAACUCCCUAAAAGAUAUUGUGUUUAAGAAGUACAGCCAGAACUUCCAAACCAACUAUCCACUACAAGAAAGGAAUGUACUCACAGAAAAUGUGGAUUUAAAGAUAUGUGAUGAAAACAGAAGUGAGAAAGAAAGAAUACACAGACUGAAUCAGGAAAGCUUUGGUGCUGGUCCCCAACCCAAACUCGACUUUGCACAAUAUAAGCUUGAGACGAUGUUUAAAAGUGAUCCUAAAUGGGAUGUUUUGGAGAAAAAAGAGCCAUUCCGAUGCUUGGUCAAGUUUUCUAGUCCACAUCUUUUAGAAUCACUGAAAUCCUUGGCACCAGCAGGUCUGGCUGAUGCACCGCUUUCCCCACUACUUACAUGCAUUCCACAAAAAGCCAGGAAUUACUUUAAAAUUAGAGAGAAGAAGUCUUUACUUCCAGGAAGCUUUGUGAGCCCUUAACUUAAAUAGAAAUGUUUCUAUAUCAAAAUACACGAUGCGUUUAUUACUGGUCUUAAUCCAUAAUCACCUUUAAAACAGAUCUUAAAAACAACCUCAUUCUUUGGUAAACCCCCUUUAUUUUUAUUCCUGGCUUUUGGGUUAGCCCUUAAAAACUAAAACGUCACUGUUUGUGGAUUUUAAACAGCAAUCACGAGUAUUUAAUGUUUAAAUGAGAUGACUGCUUGUAUCUGUCAGGUGCUAAAGCCUGGUAUGGAUGGUAAGACAUCAGUUCAUUGUCAUAACUGGAGGUGGCCUGAUUUCAGCUGCAGGACAGCGAUGAAACACAACACACACCCUGAACAUGUGAAUAGCCCCAUUGAAAUAAGUGGAACUACCACUUCAAGCCAGGUGUGCUAUUGUCUUUAUAGAUACAGAUUACAUUCAAAGACCAUGGCAGGGUGUAGGGGAGACUCUGAUAGGCAGCAGUAAGAAAUUUCCAUGCAGCAUUGCAGGCUGUUCAGUUCUCACUCACUAUCUGUGGCAGCCAGUAAUAAAUAUGAUAAUCUUUUAAAAUCCCAUCUCCUGCUCUUAGUAUCUAUGAAAUAGCAGCUCACAGGGACACAAUAGUCUGUGUUUUAUAAUGUCUGUCUCAUGAGCCUGGGGACACAAGGGUUGCAGGAGCAAGACAGCAACAUCCACUUGUGCCAAUGGCAGCUCUGCAGUGGAGCUCUUUAGGGCUGGGAAAUAGUAAAUAAUAGUAACUAAUUAUGUAGAUAUUUCUGUGUAACUGCCUGCAUUAUUCUUAUUUUAUGAGAUUAAUUUGCACUGAAGACUCAAACAAGUACUUAAUUCUUAACUCUGCUACCUGGAAGCAUAUUGUGUGUGUGUAUGGUAUGCUGAUAGAGACAAGCUUAGUGGCAAAGCUCUUUGGGGAAGCUGUGUGGGAAUUCUAUCGUAUAUCAAAACUGUAAAUAAACGUGUAAAUUAAGACAUCUUA